AUGUCACCCAACAACCACCUCCGCCGAGCCGCUCGUAUUAUUCUGGUCGGGGCGCCAGGCGUUGGCAAGGGCACACACGCCGAGCGCAUGCUCAAGCGAUACCCGCAGCUGUCCUCAAUCAGCUCGGGCGAUCUGCUGCGGGAGAAUGUGAGGAACAAGACGCCGUUAGGCAUCCAAGCUGAGGCCCUCAUGAAACGAGGCGAGCUGGUACCCGACAACAUGAUCCUACGCCUUAUCCGCAACUCCUUGACGACCAAGGGCUGGCUUGUACCCGGUGAUAGUGCUCAGCCGAUCACAGUCAACACUGUCUCUACCGCCAGCAAUACAUCUUCAAGCUCCGCAGCCAGUGUCAAUGUGCCUCGGCCGACCAACUCCGAAUACUCCCACAGUGAUCAACCAGACGCCUCCUUCAUCCUCGACGGCUUCCCUCGAACGGCCUCACAAGCAUCACAGCUCGAUCAGCUCAUCCCCAUCAACCUCGCCAUCCACGUCCAUACUCCUACAGAGAUCAUCCUUGAUCGUAUUUGCAACCGCUGGAUCCAUCCUGCGUCAGGUCGAACAUACAAUACAACCUUCAAUCCGCCGCAGAAGGAAGGCUUGGACGAUGUGACGGGCGAGAAGCUGGUGCAGAGGGACGACGACAACCCGGAGGUGUGGAAGGCACGGCUGAAGCAGUUCGAGGACGCAGCAAUGCCGCUUCUUGAGCACUAUGACAAGCUGGGUGUGCUGUGGAAAGUAGUGGGCGACAGCAGUGAUGAGAUAAGCCCGAAGAUUUUCAAGGAGUUCGAGCGACAGUUUGGAGCUUGA